AUGCCUAUAACAGAUGAGAUACGGCUGAGUCCUAAAUGCUUCAAAAAUAUGAAAAAUCUUAAAAUCUUUGUAAACGUCAAUGGGCGGUUUGUUGGAAAGGUCAAGCAUUACCCGAAUCAGUUGCGGUUACUUGAUUGGCCUAAAUGUCCUCUAGAAUAUUUGCCCUCCGGUUUUGAUAUGAAGGAAAUGUUGCAGCUUAAUAUGCCUAACAGCCGCAUAAGACGUCUUGGAGGGGUAUUCAAGAGUAUGCAGAAUCUUACAUCCUUGAAAUUGAGCGGAUGCAAAUUCCUAACACAAAUCCCAGACAUGUCUGGAAGCCCAAACUUAGAGUUCUUGGAUCUAAGUUUCUGUUCAAGUUUAGAGGAGGUUCACCCUUCGGUUGGAUCCCUCGAAAAGCUGGUUACGCUGAAUCUUUUCAAAUGCUGUAACCUUGUGAAGCUGCCUCCAGAAGUCAACUGGAGAUCCCUCCAAAUACUUAUUCUCAACUUUUGCAGUAAGCUGGAGAGUUUCCCUGAAAUUGUGGGAGAGAUGAAAUGCAUGACAUCCUUGACUCUACAGUGCACUGGCAUCAAAACAUUGCCGUCAUCCAUUCGGUAUCUAAUCAACCUUACACAGUUGAUAUUCCAUCACUGUGAAAACCUCACAGAUAUACCUCGCAGCAUUUAUGAACUGCAAAAGUUGAAGGACUUUGAGUUGGUGGAGUGCCCAAAACUCAUAACAUUCCCAACUAAGGGAACAAGUACAAUUGAAGACAUAAUUGUAAAUAUGCCUACAACAGAUGAGAUACGGCUGAGUCCUAAAUGCUUCAAAAAUAUGAAAAAUCUUAAAAUCUUUGUAAACGUCAGUGGGCGGUUUGUUGGAAAGGUCAAGCAUUACCCGAAUCAGUUGCGGUUACUUGAUUGGCCUGAAUGUCCUCUAGAACAUUUGUCCUCCGGUUUUGAUAUGAAGGAAAUGUUGCAGCUUAAUAUGCCUAACAGCCGCAUAAGACGUCUUGGAGGGGUAUUCAAGAGUAUGCAGAAUCUUACAUCCUUGAAAUUGAGCGGAUGCAAAUUCCUAACACAAAUCCCCGACAUGUCUGGAAGCCCAAACUUAGAGUUCUUGGAUCUAAGUUUAUGUUCAAGUUUAGAGGAGGUUCACCCUUCGGUUGGAUACCUCGAAAAGCUGGUUAAGCUAAAUCUUUUCAGCUGUUGUAACCUCGUGAAGCUGCCUCCAGAAGUCAACUGGAGAUCCCUCCAAGAACUUAAUCUCAACUUUUGCAGUAAGCUGGAGAGUUUCCCUGAAAUUGUGGGAGAGAUGAAAUGCAUGACAUCCUUGAGACUACUCAGCACUGGCAUCAAAACAUUGCCAUCAUCCAUUCGGUAUCUAAUCAACCUUAAACGGUUGAGUUUAAGUGGCUGUAGAGACCUCACAGAUAUACCUCGCAGCAUUUAUGAACUGCAAAAGUUGAUGAACUUUGGGUUGGUGGAGUGCCCAAAACUCAUAACAUUCCCAACUAAGGUGGACUCACAUGAAUACUGUGAUUAUAUACCAGGAUGCAAUUCAUCUAAAAUUGAUUUCAUGUGGUCCACUUUAGUCUAUCUUAAUUUAUCCGGAUGGCCCUUUGUUACUCUUCCCGAACGCAUCAAGGAAUUGGUCAACUUGUCAACUCUCAUUUUGAGACGCUGCACGAGGCUCGUGGAAAUUCCCGAGCUUCCACCACUGAUUACUUGGUUGGAUGCGAGCGAUUGCGUGUCGUUGGAAAGAAUUUCAAAGCUGUCAAAUAUUUUGGAGCGUAAAGAACCACAAAUGAUCCGGUAUUUGAACUUGAGUAAUUGCUGGAGACUCUGUCAAAAUUUAUUGGCUGAGAUGGCGGCAAGCAAGGAAGAUGAUGAUCUCUUCUCUCGGCUCCUAUCUUCUCAGCUAUCCGAGUUCUCAAUUAUAUUUCCAGUUCCAAGAAGCAAGAUUCUAAAAUGGUUCAGCUGUCAAAUGAAUUUCAUGGAGCAUCGACGGUUUGAGUUUUGGAUUGAAGCACUCCCAAAUUUCAAAUGGGACAACAACACAGGAUUGGCUCUGUGUGUUACUCUUGAUCGAGGACUUGUUUCUUACUGGCGGUGGGACUUGCGGAUUCACAUCAAUGAAGCGGAGGUUUUCUGUUCUCAGGAACCUCAGUAUGUUGAUUCAAGAGAGUCCGAUGAUGUAUGGGUGCGCUACAUUCCGUUCACUGAAUUGCGGCUAAAUACGUAUCCCCUGUCACCCUUUAUCUGUCGAGUCGCUUUUCUUUCAUACUAUGCCUCCGGCACCUUUAAAACCUGUGGGGUCCACCUUAUAAUGCCUCCCAAUGAAGACGUUUGUAUGAGACUCCUCAGACCCUUUCAUUAA